AUGGAUAGCAACGACCAACAUUUACACUUUGAUAGUUUGGCCACCAAGAGAGUGGAGGUCAAGGGACCGGUUAACUCAUUGUCAACACCAAUAUAUACUUCGUCAACAUUCUACUUGGACAAUGCACAGCAUGGCGCAGCACUAUGCCUUCAGGACUCUGUUCAAGAUGGUCAGUCACCCUGGUUGUACUCGCGUUGGGGAAACCCCACCAAUGAUGUUGCCGAGCGUCUAAUUACAAAGUUGGAGGUGGGUCGCAGUGGCCUGACAACAGCCGCCACCUAUGUCACAUCGUCUGGCAUGUCAGCCAUCAGCACUGCACUCCUGGCACUGCUCCACGCCGGUGAUCAUGCUGUGUUCCCAACCAACAUAUACGGAGGCACGCACGAGGUCAUCACCGACCUGUUGCCCAAGAUGGGCGUCAGUGUGACAUGCGUCGACCCAAGCGACAUUAACAACUUUGUAAACGCGAUCAAGCCCAACACAAAGAUGCUGUACGGCGAGACACCUGCCAACCCGACCAUGAUCCUCACUGACUUGGCCGCACUGGGCAACUUGGGUCGCACUCGCAACAUCACCACAGUGGUCGACGCCACGUUUGGAAGCGUGUACAACACUCGUCCACUUGAGCAUGGCAUUGAUGUGGUCGUGCACUCGGCUACAAAGUACUAUGGUGGCCACUCUGACCUCAUCGCUGGCACCAUCACCUCGGCCAACGCUGCCCUACACGAUCGCAUUGGCCACUACCUGCGUCUUCUUGGUGGCACAGCCUCUCCACACACUACCUUCCUGUUGCAGCGUGGUAUCAAGACGCUGCACCUGCGCAUGGAGCGACACAACCAGAACGCCUUGCGUCUGGCACAGUUCUUGCAGAGCCAUGCCAAGGUGGAGCGCGUUCACUAUCCUGGUCUUGAGUCACACCCACAGCACGAGUUGGCCAAGAAACAGAUGCAGCCAGGCUUUGGAGGCAUGAUCGCAUUUGAAGUGCGUGGCGGUGCCGAUGCUGGACGUCGUGUGAUCGAGUCCGUUCAACUGAUCACGUUGGCCGUCUCACUUGGUGGAGUCGAAUCAUUGAUCGAGCAGGCCAGUACCAUGACACACACAAUGGUUGAUCGCGACACCCGUGAACGAUCCGGAAUAACCGAUGGCUUGCUCAGAUUCUCAGUAGGUUGCGAGAACAUCGAUGACCUCAUUGCAGAUCUCACCCAGGCACUUGAGAAGGCUUAG